AUGAUUGAAAAUGAGCUUAUAGAAUCUUUGACUGUGCAUUCAUAUGAUCCAGAUGUUUAUGAAAAAUACAGAAGAAAAUUCACCAUGACAAAACUAGUUGACCUCAUUGAAUUGAAUUUAAAAAAUACCAAUGAUUAUCUGCAAGCAAUAAAAACAUUUAUUGGGUUACCUGAAAUACAAGUAUACUUGUAUAAUAAUGUGAUAUUUAUUCCAGCUGAUUUUCCUGGCCAACUAUAUAUUUGUCGAGCUAUUGUUAAAAAACUAAAAAAUGAAAAUGAAACAAGCAUUCCAGAAAAAAUUACUCAUUU